AUGGCCCCAUCGAGCCUGAUCACGCUCAACUGGUGGCAUCCGAACCCCCCCCAGCUGACGGGCGGGCUGCCCUGGUGCGCCGCCCGCAGCAGCGGCAGGCAGGCGGCGGUACGUCGACGGCGGCUGGCGGCUGGCGGCAGCAACGGCAGCGGGCCCCCCGCCAGCAGCAGCAGCAGCAGCGGCAGCAGCAACGGCAGCGGCAGCGGAGAGCCGCCAGCUGCCGAGGACGCAGCCGACAGCCAGCCCAGCAGCAGCGGCGGCGGCAGCAGCAGCAGCAGCAGCAGCAACUUGUUAGAGCCGCCGUCGGGCGGCAGCAGCCCGCAGGGCGGCCAGCGCGCUCCCCAGGGGCUGGUAGGCCGCCUGCGCCAGGCGCUGUCGGCGCUUGCCUCCCUGCGCAACCCGCUGGCCUUCCGCCGCCUGCUGACCAUCGCCUUCAUGUUCAGCGUCGGCUCCCUCAUGUCCUUUGCCUCGUCCCGCGGCCGCUGCCCGGGGCCGCAAGAGCUCAUGUACUCAGAGUUCCUGUCCCUGGUGCACAGCGGCAACGUGCGGGCGUGCCGCUUCGAGGAGAGCAGCGCGCGCAUCACGUUCGACCUGCGCCCGCACACCAGCCAGGUGGCGGCGGCGGCGCCGCGCGAGGCGCCGGUGGAGGUGCCGGUGCCAGACGGCAGCGGCGGCGCGGCCGCCUCGGCGGUGGUGACCGUGCGCGGGCACGGCCCGCAGCCGCGCCAGUUCUACACCAAGCGCCUGGCCGCCGACACCAGCCUCAUCCCCACGCUGAUGGCGGCGGGGGUGGAGUUUGGUGUGCUCAAGCAGAGCUUUGUGACGGUGCUUGUCAGGGUGUUUGCCAGCGCGCUGCUGCUGUGGAUCCCGCUGCUGCCGCUCAUCUUCAUCGUGCGCCAGUUCCUGCGCAGCCAGGCGGGCACCAGCAAGAAGCGCAAGCCCGCCAGCAGCGGCGGCAGCGAGGUGCCCGCCACCACGUUUGCUGAUGUGGCGGGGAUGGAUGCGGCCAAGCGGGAGCUGGCAGAGGUGGUGGCCUGCCUCAAGAACAGCUCCAAGUUUGCCCGCAUGGGGGCACAGAUGCCAAGCGGGGUGCUGCUGUCGGGACCGCCCGGCACCGGCAAGACGCUGCUGGCACGCGCGGUGGCGGGCGAGGCGGGCGUCCCCUUCUUCGCAGUCUCCGCCUCGGAGUUUGUGGAGCUGUUUGUGGGGCGGGGCGCGGCGCGCAUCAGGGAGCUGUUUGGGGAGGCCCGCAAGAAAGCGCCCUGCGUUGUGUUCAUCGACGAGCUGGAUGCGGUGGGUGGAAAGCGCGGCAUCGGGCUCAACGAGGAGCGCGACCAGACGCUCAACCAGCUGCUCACCGAGCUGGACGGGUUUGAGGCGCGGCCCGGCGUGCUGCUGCUGGCCGCCACCAACCGGCCCGAUGUGCUGGACGCGGCCCUCAUGAGGCCGGGGCGGCUGUCGCGCAAGGUGGUGGUGCCCCUGCCUGAUGAGGAGGCGCGCGCCGCCAUCCUGGCGGUGCACCUGCGCCGCGUGCCGCUGCGCAGCCAGCACGAGCGGGAGCUGGCGUGCGAGGCGGUGGCCAAGAUCACUGCGGGCUUCAGCGGCGCCGAGCUGGCCAACGUGGUGAACGAGGCCGCCUUCCUGGCGGCGCGCACCGCAGGCGACUCUGUGGGGCUGCCGGAGCUGGUGGAGGCGGUGCAGCGCACCAGGUAUGGUGUGAACGGCGGCGCGGGCGUCAUGGGCCUGGGCCUGCAGCAGCGCCUCCGCGGCUGGCUGGUGGACGCGAUGAGCAGCGGCAAGGCGGUGCGCUCGCAGCCCUAUGGCAGCUGA